GUACCGAUCACAUUGCAAAGAAACACAUGGAAGGCCGUUCGAUCAAUGUUCUGUGUGCAAAUCAGUGAGACAGUCACCGGCGUAACUGCCGAUGCUAAUCGCUGUCAUGUCUGUCGAGGCAGGAUCUACUGAAUCUGCAGUUGUUUUGGAAGUUGAAGGGGAAGAAGAAGUAAUCUCUGACGUGCUUGAAUUUGAUGUUGAACAUGCCCGCCAGGAUGACGCUCCCCAUGUUAACACCGAAACUAACGCUAGCCCUAGUGAAAACGAAAACAUGGAUGGCAUCAUCAGUUCAUCAGUAAGUGGAUGCACUGAGGGAGAUGACGAUCGAGUUGACAUGAUUUCGAAGUGCGAGGAGGAACCAGGGAGAUAUGUCAUCAAUACUGUAGAUAUUGAAACAACAUCGAAUUCAAGUCAACAUUCAAGUGCGGCAGAGACGGGCCCUGAACCUGAGCUGCCAUUAAAGAAAUUAAGACCCGUUCGGCUGAAAAAGAAGGGCUCAAGGAUAAAGACGCAGCCAGCAAGGAGAGAGAAUGCAAAGGCUGCCUCCCCUAAGACCAAGAAGCAUGUUAGCAAAAAGGAAAGACUGUCUUUGCAAGCCAAGCUCAAGAAGGAGAAGAUCAGGAAAGCUAACCAGUACUUGCGAAGGGGCCUGGACAAUCCUACCUCGGCACCAGAAGUUGCUGACAUCCCUGAACUCGAGAGGCUCAAGUGUGGUCUUGAGGAUUUGGUGUCGGGUAAGUUCAAGACUGUGUCAGAUGCAGCAGCCUACUGGAGGGUCCAUGCAGGAAAGUUGUAUCGGCGCUACAGAGGGGACAUACCUUGCGACUCCAGGCAUGGACCGGCCCCAGUUUUGACAAGUGCAGAGGAGGAAGAUCUGGCUCACUGGAUACUCACAAUGUCGCAGAGAGGUUUUCAAGUGUCCGCUUCCAUGGCUCGAGAUGCAGUGCAGAGCUUCUUUAAGAGAGACAACAGCCCCUUUAUUAACGGAAGACCAUCUUAUCGCUGGUAUUACAGCUUCUUACGGCGCAACCCUAAGCUUAGAGACAUGAAGCCUUCAAACUUGGCCUUGUUGUGCGAUGCCAAUCCUUCAAAGGCGGUGCUUGAUGAGUGGUUUAAGGAGUUUACAUCCUUUAUCAUGAAAUUGGAUUUAGCAGAGAAACCUGGCCAAAUUUUCAACUAUGCCGAAACAGGAUUUGAGAUGAACAAGACAACUGAUCACAUUGUGAUUUCCGCACAGCCAUCGUGUGGAAGAUCCAAGCCAACCUGCCUUAAGAGAGGAGUGAUUGUAGGAAUGUGCACCAGUGCUGAUGGGCAACUGCUUCCACCAUUCAUGAUUUACAGAGGCCAGAAACACAUGCCACCUCAUUGGGAUCCCCUUGAUGGUGCUCCUAGAGGAUCCAGGACAUUCCUCCUGGAGAAGGAUGGGGAAAAGCAAGAGGCUUUCAGCCAAUGGAUGGAGCAUCACUUCUUAAAGAAUAUUGGGAGGCAGCGUCCUGUUGUGCUUUUGCUGAGUAGCCACCAGAAUGAGGUAUCGUAUAAAACGUAUGUUACUGCAUGCCAGAAUGAUGUCUAUCUAUUCAGAAUUCUGCCAAAGGCUGCUUCCCUUCUCCAGCCUUUAGAUGUUGAUGGAGAGGCAGGAGAAGGACCCUUCAGGUCAGCAUGGAUCAUGAAAUGGGUGACCGACAACAGGACUGUUUCUGUCACCUUCCACAAUGCUGCCAAGGUUAUCAGCUCUGCUUGGAAGGAGGCUGAAAACUCUGAGGCCAUACGCACUUGCUUCAUUCAGUCAGGAAUAUAUCCCCUUGAUAGAGAAAUGAUUAAUGAUGACCAUCUAGUUGAAGGAAACCUUGACUUCUUAAACAAGGAUGCCCCUCGGUUUCAAUUAUCUUUACCCCUGCAUGCCUCUCAAAAUGAUCAUCCCACUUCUGACACCAGUCAAAGUGGUUAUCCCACAGCUGACACCAAUGCCAGUGUUGCAGAAGCUGUCUUCCAUAGGCUAGAUGAGAAGCUUGACAAGACCACAAGGGAGACGUAUAGAACUUGCAUCAAAAGUGGGUUAGACCUUGAGGAGACACCUCUUUUUUCUGUGUGGAAGAGACUAUAUCUGGACGCCUAUCAUAGUGACCCUCAAAAGUCUCCAAAGACAGGAAGAGCAAAGAGGCCAACAAGAUCCAGUAAGAAGCAAUCGCUGAGAGGUAGGAGGACUGGUAGACAUAGUAAGGAUGAUGUGUUUUGCCCAGUCUGUGAUGAACGCUUUGGAGAUGAUGGUGGAGAGGACUGGAUUGGCUGUGAUGGUCAAUGUCAGUCAUGGUACCAUGUCAACUGUCUUCCCCCAGAGGUUGUCACCCCUGCCCUCCUUGAAGACAAGGAAAUGAUUUGCCCAGACUGUUUGGACACGAGCCAAACAUAAGAUGUCUGUGUUGGAGAACAGAUGAUGUUGCUUCAUUUCCUCACAGGCUGUGUUUAUGCUUCAUAUGGAUUCGUGUUCUCUGGAAACUAUGGAGUGGUGGAAUCAGAAUAUUCAAACUGUUGUAAUUGAAGUGGGAAGACUCUUUGAGCAAUCUGACGUAAAGUUGGAACCUCAGUCAUUUCACCUGCCAUGUGCAUUAACAUGUUCAUUGAAUUGACCAUGGUGGCCCGACUAACACGUUAAUAAUUGACCAGAGUAGCCCAAAUGUAAAUGCCCACAGUGGAUGCAAAUGGUCAGGAUUUUCAACCUUAAUUUUUGACCAGCACCUGAAAAGUUGAAAGUUUUACGAAUCUGACUGUACUUGUCUGUUACUUGUGUAUGCAGCUUUCAUUGAGUAAUAAUGAUGUAUGGACUUGAGUAUACACUGCACUGGUAGGGUUGUAGAGAAACUUGCAUUCAGCCAAACGUAAAUAAUAUUUCAAAACCAAGGAAUCUCAAAUUGCAGGAAAUGGUGGUCGUGAAAAAGUGAAGUAAAUUUUUUGCCCAAAUUGGGCUGACUUAAACCGUGGGAGGGGAUUAAGCGCUUGUUGAGACUGACUCUGGACCAGAGUUUUCAUGACUAGAAACAAAAACUCAAGCAAUCUACAUGUACUCAUCCAGGAAUGUGAACAAUCAUCUUUUUUUUCUGAAUUUAAAGCUUUUAAUGGUGUAAAAGACUAUGACAGUUUGUUAAAUUUGGAAAAUGGCUGUACAUUUUCAAGAAUAAAAUGUUUUCCACAACAGAAAACGUUAUGCUGA